AAUUCUAGUCAUUUGACCACAUUGACACCCCUAUUUUCUAUCAAGCGAAAUGCACGAUAACAAAUUACAUCUUAGACGCCAUGUCAGUGCACGUUCGACCUGACCUGUGUGUCAGUGGAUAAAGUAUUAAUCGGUAGCUUUUAUCAGACUAACAUACAAAACGUGGUGCUACGAGAUGAGAAAAAACAGAAUUAAUUAAUUCUGUGUAGGUAUAUAAACUAAAUAGUUGUUAUAGGGUCCAAAACUACUAUAUAAAAAAAAGGACCAAUAAAACUUAAAAAAGUUUCAUGCCAUCAAUAAGAAAACUUGCAAAAUCAAAUGUCGCUCCAGCCUAAAGAGGCGGCUGGAUUCAGUCACCGCCUGGAACUCGUCGCGAGCGUGCGCUGCGUACCGCCCAACGAUCCGAGUCUCGGGACGCGUUCCAAAUUUAAAAAUAAAAUCUGAUUAAAUGUCCAAUACUAACGUAUAAACUUACGUUCUUGUUUUGUAAGAAAUAAAAGUACCCCCGUUAUAUUUUAUAAGUGACUGAUAAGUUUAUUUUGCUAUUUUUUAGUGUGUGAUUGAGACUAAAAUGUAAACUUUAUCAAGAGUGGAUAAGUGUUUCGAGAACUUGUUCCCUUUGAUUUGGCCGUGUGGUCGCAACUUUACGACGUAAUGUAACCCAACAUACGGAACAAUGGAGCACCAAUCAUCAGACGAAGAUUUUUAUAGCAUAUGCUUGAAUAUGACCUCUGAUGAACUUAGCCUCGGAGCAUGUAACUACAGCAAUGAAUAUGAAAGUGGAGAGCUUCUAGAGAAAGUAGUGUCCAGGGUUGUACCAAUUUUCUUUGGCUUCAUCGGAAUCGUUGGACUAGUUGGCAAUGCUUUGGUCGUGUUGGUCGUCUCGGCCAACCCUGGCAUGCGAUCGACCACAAAUCUCCUCAUUAUAAAUCUGGCAGUAGCUGAUCUCCUCUUCGUCAUUUUCUGCGUACCUUUCACAGCCACGGACUAUGUAAUGCCAAGAUGGCCGUUCGGCGAUUGGUGGUGCAAAGUUGUGCAAUAUUUCAUAGUGGUCACCGCCCACGCGUCAGUAUACACCUUAGUGCUUAUGUCCUUAGACAGAUUCAUGGCUGUAGUACACCCUAUAGCAUCAAUGUCGAUCAGAACAGAGAAAAACGCGUUAUUAGCAAUAGCUUGCAUCUGGGUGGUGAUACUAACAACAGCAAUACCUGUAGGAAUAUGCCAUGGAGAGAGAGAGUACUCUUACUACCAUAGAAAUCAUUCAUCAUGCGUCUUUCUAGAAGAGCAGGGUUACAGCAAGCUGGGCUUCCAGAUGUCGUUCUUCCUAUCUUCAUACGUCAUACCGUUGGCGUUGAUUAGUUUUCUUUACAUGUGUAUGCUGAUCCGGCUCUGGAAGAGUGCGCCGGGGGGGAGAGUUUCUGCGGAAAGUAGGAGGGGGAGGAAGAAAGUGACCAGGAUGGUCGUCGUGGUGGUUGUGGUGUUUGCUGUGUGCUGGUGUCCUAUACAGAUAAUCCUGCUAGUAAAAGCCCUGGAUGCGUACAGCAUCAAUUACUUCACGGUGACGGCGCAGAUCGUCUCCCAUGUGCUGGCCUACAUGAACAGCUGCGUAAAUCCGCUGCUAUAUGCUUUCCUGUCGGAGAACUUCAGGGUUGCCUUUAGAAAAGUGAUGUAUUGCCCGCCUGCCCACAACGACGGCAUGUGCAACCGGCCGCAGCCCACCAAGACCACCAGGACUGGCAAUGGGAACUCCUGCCACGACAUCGUCUGAGAUUCGGUGCGCGGGCGCCGCGCCCGGGAAUCCGAACAAGCUACUGUGGUGUAAGCAUGAGUAAACAAGUAUAAACUUAAGUAAACAAGUAUAAACUUGAGUAAACAAGUGUUGAUGCUAGCUGGUAAUAGUGUAAAAAUGUACAAUAAUUUUAGAUUAGGUUGAGAAGGUCCUUUUGAAUUUGGUAGUGAGGGAUAUGGGUGUGAGUGUUCAGAAUUCGAAAAGAGUAAAAACGCCUUGAGUCAUUUUCAUGGAAUCAGUUUUCAUUAAAAGUAUCACUGCAAAAUAAUACCAAGGCCUCAUUCCUCAGUAUGUACUUAGCUAUAGUUUGAAAAAUACUGGACGGAUUUUAUAUAUUUUUAAUUAUUACAAAAACAUAUAUAAUAUUUAGUACGAAGAUAACUAUUAAUUUGUAAUCCUUCCUUCGUUUCUAUAAAUAACUUUACUGUAAGUAAACUAUGUUAUUAAUCCAUUAGCAUAAGAUAAUAAAAACCAACUAGUAGUUAAGUAACAUCAUUAUAAUUUAUCUGUUGUAUAACUUUCAUAACUUAUAUUCACUGCAAAAUGCAAAUGCAAAUAUUUCAACUGACGACUAAAAUAUUUCAGCUAAAAAGUUUUUCACUCAUAGCGGCGUAAAAAGAAGCCAAAAAGCAUAAAAAAUGCGCCACUCGUUGAGCUUUUUACGACCCGUCAAGUCCGAUUUUGCUUAAGAGAGUAUACGGGUAGGCAAAGUAACUUGCAAAGUAUAUUGCAAGAGCCUAACUUUAUCUCGGUUUUCAGGAUUAAAUUAGGUUUUUAAGGUUUGCAUAAUAAAUAAAUAUGCUUUACGUGUUUAUAAACAAAAUACAUCACAAAAUGUCCUGAAACGUUUCUUUUUGUAUGUAUCUUUACGAAAUAUUUCACUUUAAUAAAUUCAAAAGUAGCUCUGUAUGUGUGUCUGUUACCUCUUCACGCUUAAACAGCUGAACCAAUUUAGAUGAAAUUUGGCAUGGAGGUUCUUUGAGGCCCGGGCAUGGACGUAGUUACGGGAAGAAGCUAGUAUACAAUUAAACAAAACCAUCGCAAAUAUACGCUGUUCUAUAUUAAUAUUUUUCAAGUUAACUCUCGAUAUAGCGUGAAAUUCAAUAAUGGCAACAUAUCAUGAAUAAUAAUUAUUGGCGUAACAUUGAACUCAUAUGAAGAUCGGUUGACGACACAUGACGUCACACAAAUAGGUACGUCACGGCUCCCCGCUCCGCGUACCUACAGCCUACAUUAGACUACGCCAUACAGUCGAAGCAUAAUUAGAAUUUCCAAAUACCUAAACGUCUUAAAUAUUUUAUAACGGGUCACUCACGUAUUUUAAGUCGAAAACGCUCGACACGUUUCAUUUGACGAUCUUGCGUUGCGUUGGUGAGUGACCCGUUUUAACAUGUUUAAUAUGUCGGUGUCUCACGGAAGUUUUGUUAUUAAAUGUCACUUGUAUCUAUUUAAUAAGUUAAUGAAAAGAAGAUAGUACAUAUCCUGGUGCUUCUUCAUUCUUCAUUAGAAAAGAUUAAUUGAGGAGUACUAAUAUAUAAUCACCAGAAAUUAAAAAUGUAAACUAGGUACUCAGGUACAUAAAAUAUUCCUGCACAUUAAAUGGACUGCUGUUAUAAGUAGGAUUCAGUGACUAAAUGGAACUAGCAAAUCUCAUUAAACUUGUAUACAACGGCAGUGCAUUCAUUUUAGACUGCUGCUUCUGCUGUAGAGUUUCCAAAACGUCCCGCUUCGCGCGCUGUUUCUAAAUCCCAUACAAAAUGAGACUUAAUGCAAACGCGGUACAUCACGUUUCGCUAUCGAAUAAAUUUACACUAGGGGUACUGAUAGCACCAAAAUUACGUGAAGUAUUAUUCAAGUCGAGCAAUUCAAAUGAAAGCUGAAACUAUAGUUUUACAGUUCUAUUCCCGGAUGUCUACAAGAGGUUUAAAAAUCUUCGAGUUCGGUUUAACUUAGGUAUUUCGAAAUUGUGGACUUCUUAUAGUUACAGGUUUUCACUGGCAAUUGCCACUCUGUAUAGUUUUAAAAUUUAAGAGGUCCUUCUUAAUUUAUGUGAAUAUAAUGUAAUUAAAAUUAAUGAUGUAUAUAUUGUUAAGGUAGUAGGCAAUGUUUAGAUUAUGUUUAGAAUUUGAAUACGUAGUCAAUUUACUAGUCAUAACCUCCUUCUCAUAUUCCUGAGCCCAAUGUGAGAAUGAGCAAACAUUUCUAGUAAAAUGUAUCAUAUCGCUUAUAACAUAUUUCUUAACAUUUAUAAGUAGGUGUGUGAUCAUUAUAUUUAUGUAUAAAUAUUGUUUAAGCUGUAGAAACAUCGAAAUGUAAUGUUGUUACAUUGGAUAUGUUAUAAUUGUUAAUAUUAAUUCAAAUAUUUGAUUGUAGUGUCAAUGUCAUAUGAUGGCAAAAAUCUUAAACGUAGUCAUAGAUUUAGGUAACUUUGGAGCUGUAAAAUUAAGUAAUAUUUCGUUGUUAUUUUUGUAUAUAGCAAAAUUUAUCAUGUGUAUAUGUAAUGUACCAUGCUUUAAUGUUUAAUAAAUAAAAAUCAAUGUUUUCA